CAGAGGCGCAGAGGGGCUGUCGGAGCCGGCUGUGCUGGCUGGGGUAGCAGGGGCUGCAGGGGCCGCGGCCAUGGGGGGCUUGAAGGACGAGCUUCUUAAGGCCAUCUGGCACGCCUUCACCGCGCUCGACGUGGACCACAGCGGCAAGGUGUCCAAGUCCCAGCUCAAGGUCCUCUCCCACAACCUGUGUACUGUGCUGAAGGUUCCACACGACCCUGUUGCCCUGGAAGAGCACUUCAGGGAUGAUGAUGAAGGGCCUGUCUCCAACCAGGGCUACAUGCCAUAUUUAAACAAGUUCAUUUUGGAAAAGGUCCAAGACAACUUUGACAAGAUUGAAUUCAAUAGGAUGUGUUGGACCCUUUGUGUCAAAAAAAACCUCACAAAGAGUCCACUGCUCAUUACAGAAGAAGAUGCCUUUAAAGUGUGGGUUAUUUUCAACUUUUUGUCUGAGGACAAGUAUCCAUUAAUUAUCGUGCCAGAAGAGAUUGAAUACCUGCUUAAGAAACUUACAGAAGCUAUGGGAGGAGGUUGGCAGCAAGAACAGUUUGAACAUUACAAAAUCAACUUUGAUGACAGUAAAGAUGGCCUGUCUGUGUGGGAACUUAUUGAGCUUAUUGGAAAUGGACAGUUUAGUAAAGGCAUGGAUCGUCAGACGGUAUCUAUGGCAAUUAAUGAAGUCUUUAAUGAGCUUAUAUUAGAUGUGUUGAAACAGGGUUACAUGAUGAAAAAAGGCCAUCGACGGAAAAACUGGACUGAACGCUGGUUUGUACUAAAACCUAACGUAAUUUAUUAUUAUGUGAGUGAGGAUCUGAAAGAUAAGAAGGGAGACAUUCUCUUGGAUGAAAACUGCUGUGUAGAGCCUCUGCCUGACAAAGAUGGAAAGAAAUGCCUUUUUCUAAUAAAAUGUUUCGAUAAGACCUUUGAAAUCAGUGCUUCAGAUAAGAAGAAAAAGCAAGAGUGGAUUCAGGCCAUUCAUUCUACCAUCCAUCUGCUGAAGCUGGGCAGCCCUCCACCACACAAAGAGGCCCGGCAGCGUCGGAAGGAGCUCCGCAAGAAGCUUCUGGCUGAGCAGGAGGAGCUGGAGCGGCAGAUGAAGGAACUGCAGGCUGCCAACGAAAACAAGCAGCAGGAGCUGGAGACUGUGAGGAAGGUGUGUUAGGGUGCAGGGCCACGGGAGCAUUCUCCACCUCAGUGCAGAGCUUUUGGCCUCCAUAGGAGCUUUGGUUACACGAACAUGUGGCUGGUGCCACCUUAGGAGGGGUUUUGGUGGCCUGUCUUCUCAGGAUGUGGGUCCAGAUCGCUUGUGAGACGCUCUGCUUUCCCAGCCCUCAAGUGUGAGAGUUUCAGGCCAGUAAAACAUCUUGUUGACUAGCAAAGUGUAUUUAUAAGAAUGAUGAGCACAUUUGAAUUUUGCCAGAGAAAAAUGGGAAACUUUAUCCUCUGGAGAAUGUCAGGGCUGUUGUGGAGCAUCUGAGGCAGGGGCUGUUGGGUUUUCAGUGCUGUUUACCUCCCAUGUGCAUUUAUAAGUGUCUUGGAAAACCCUUAGUGUGAGGCUUUUGUUGUUUGCUGCUUGGAGUCAAAGUUACAGUCUGGUCAGCUUCUCCUUUCCCCUCAAGGCAAGAGGUGGAAUAGCACAGGGUGUAUAAGAUGGUCAACGUUAACUGAAACCUUGAUCCCCUGCACUGGGUGUCAGUGAGUCCCCAGUGUGCAUGGUCUUUGUUUGUAACACCUCUGAGCUGACCCUGUCUCCUGUGAACCUGAAC